AUGACUCUUAAGGGAGGCACCAGCCAAGCUUGUGCUUCGUGCAAGUAUCAAAGGAGGAAGUGCUCCUCUGAGUGUCCUCUAGCGCCUUACUUCCCUCCUGACCAACCGAGGUUGUUCCAAAAUACUCAUAAGUUGUUUGGUGUGCGCAAAAUCCUCAAGAUACUUGAGAAUCUUGAUCCUCACCAACACGAGGAAGCAAUGCGUUCUAUCAUUUACCAGGCCAAUAUUCGCGACAGGUUUCCUGUUCAUGGCUGCUGGGGCAUCAUCUGUAAACUGCAUUUCCAGAUUCGGCAGGCUGAAGAAGAGCUCCGUGCUGUCCUUGCACACCUUGAGAUGUACAGGCAGCAGCAGCAUCAACAUCAGAUUGCAGCUUUAACUGAGGAUGUUCCAUCCCAAUUAGAAUUAGGAAUGGCGCCUCCUCAGCCUUGCUUGGCGCAACAAUACUCCUACUCUAUUGUUGGUAGUAAUACCGGUUACAGCUCUAAUUACUUGGAUUCUAAUGAUAAUGCUGGGAACUCACUUUGGGGUCAACAUCCUUAUGCUACUAACUAUAACAUCAAUUCCAUGCCAAUUAUUCAGUCUCAGCUAGCUGCUUCACAGCCACUAGCCACCCAACAAGAAAUUGUUCAAGAUUAUGAUGAGAUGCAUCCAUUUUUUGAUUCUAUUGAUGACAGGCAAUCGUAUAUUGAAACUAAAGAACCAUACGAAUCAAGCUCAGAAGAAUCAUUGAAGGACACCGCACCAUCUAUGGAGCAUGCUGCAGAGAAUGAAUUGAAGAGUGCUGCUGCAUGUUUUAGUCUUACCAGUAUCAAUUGA